AUGACGGAACAGCCAAAGCUUGCCAAAUAUUUCGGUGGAGGCAGCAACGGUGCCAACGGAGCAGCCGCAGAAGGAUCUUCACGGUCACGUCAGCAGGACAUCAAGUCUGCUUUCGCUCCCAAGACGCCCAAGCCGGCUCUCAAGGAGUCUUCAACAAAUGCAACGACUGCUGCGCCGCCCCUGUCGCAAGAGGACGCUGGACCUGUCGCCGCCUCAUCUUCAAAGCGUGAUGCGUCUGCUAGCAAUGGCAAUGGAAGCGCUGCUGCGCCGGAGAGAAAGAAGCGACGCAUCAUCGAGUCGGAUGACGAGGAUGACGACGAGCCUGUUCUGACUGCAGCCCCAGUCAAGAGAGAGCCAGCACCUGCCGCAGCAUCCACCAGCAAGGUCGCAUCCAUCUUCGCAAAGCCAACACCCAAGACCAGUGUAACUGCCAACAAGGGCAUCAUCUCCUCCUCCAAAUCCAAAGCAGACGCAACAGAAAGCGAUUCUGACUCGGCCAGCGAGCACGUUCCUGACAAUGUUGAGGACGAGGACGAACACGAAGAAGAAGCAAUCGAAGAGGAAGAGCAGAAAGGCGCCAAGAAGCUCGCGGCGAUCUUCCAAAAGCCUUCUUCGGUCAACGAGGGCAAGGUCGCAUGGAAAGAAGGUGAGCCAGUCCCCUACGCCGCGCUCGCCUCGGCCUUCGCCGAUAUCCAAGCCACCACCAAGCGGCUCGAGAUCACCGAGAUCCUCACCCAAUUUCUCGUCCGCGUCAUCCGCCGAUCGCCCGAUAAUUUGCUUCAAGUGGUCUAUCUGUGCAUCAACCGACUCUGCCCGGACUAUGAAGGGCUCGAGCUCGGUAUCGGCGAAUCUCUCCUCGUCAAAGCCAUCGCCCAGUCCACGGGCCGCGAAGUUGCCCGGAUCAAGAAGGACCUCGAGGCGCAAGGAGAUCUCGGCCUAGUAGCGCUCAACUCGAAGAAGAACCAACCGACCAUGUUCAAGGUCUCGAGCCUCAAGGUUCCAUCGGUGUUCAAGCAGUUGAAGGAGAUCGCGGCGGUGAGCGGCAACAAGUCGCAAGAUCGAAAGAUCGGCAUGAUCAAGAAGCUCCUCGCGUCAUGCCAGGGUGAAGAACCCAAGUUCCUCAUCCGCAGUUUGGAGGGCAAGCUGCGGAUCGGUCUGGCAGAACGCUCGGUGCUGGUCUCGCUCGCGCGCGCGGUGGUCAUCUCCAAACUCGGCAAAUUCAUCUCGAAGCUCUCCCAAGAAGCUCUGGCCAAGAAGCUCGAGGAGGGUACCGAGCUGGUCAAAGCCGUCUACUCGGAACUCCCCUCGUACGACCUCGUCAUCCCAGCGCUCCUCAGAGAUGGAGUGGAAGGUCUGCGCGAAGCAUGCAAGCUCACCCCAGGUGUCCCACUGAAGCCGAUGUUAGCGAAACCCACCAAGGCGAUCUCCGAAGUGCUCGACCGGUUCGAAGGGAAACCCUUCACGUGCGAGUACAAGUACGAUGGCGAGCGCGCCCAGGUGCAUCUGCUACCGGAUGGCAAGCUCGCCGUCUUCUCACGCAACUCGGAGAACAUGUCUGUCAAGUAUCCGGACCUUGUCGAGCAAAUCCCUCGAUGCAUCAAUUCCACCGUCAAGUCGUUCGUGCUAGAUGCGGAGGCGGCGGCGUGGAAGGCGGCGGAAACUUUACCGGACGGAACGGUGGAGCCAGCAAAACUGUUGCCAUUCCAAGAGCUCUCCCGGCGCAAACGCAAGGACGUCAAAGCAUCGGACAUCACCGUGAAGGUCAAACUGUUCGGGUUUGAUCUACUCUAUCUCAACGGCGAGCCGCUUCUCUCGCUUUCCCUUGCAGAACGUCGCACGCUGCUGCGGGAGCACUUCCACCCGGUCGAAGACGAAUUCGACUAUGCCCGAUCGGAGGACUGCAACUCCGUCGAAGAAAUCUCUGUGUUCCUCGACAAGUCCGUCAAGGAAGGCACCGAGGGGUUGAUGGUCAAGAUGCUCUCUGGGCCCGAUUCGACGUACGAACCAUCCCGAAGAAGUAUGAACUGGCUCAAGCUGAAAAAAGACUACCUGGCGGGAACGGGCGAUUCCCUAGACCUCGUCGUCAUCGGCGGCUACUACGGCAAGGGCAAGCGCACCAACGUCUACGGCGCCUUCCUUCUCGCUUGCUACGAUGCAGACAGCGAAACUUAUCAGACCAUCUGUAAGAUCGGUACGGGUUUCACCGAGGUCGAUCUCGAAUCGCACUAUAAGACGCUCAAGGAGUUGGAGAUCAGCGGCAAGAAGGGAUACUACGAUGUGGGCGAGGCGAAACCGGAUGUGUACUUCGAAGCGAGGGUGGUAUGGGAGGUGUUGACGGCGGAUUUGAGUUUGAGCCCGGUGUAUACGGCUGCCAAGGGAUUGAUCGAGGCGAGGGGGAUCAGUUUGCGCUUCCCGCGGUUUAUCAGGAUUAGGGAUGAUAAGACCGCAGAGGAAAGCACCAGUCCAGAACAGAUCGAGGCGAUGUAUCGCAGUCAAGUGGUCAAUAGCUCCAAGGGCAAAGGCGGUGGAGAAGAGGAUGAUGGGUUUUGGUGA